AUGAUCCCAUCAACUUUAAAAACGAUCUUUGUCGACGGUGAUCUGGACGAUUCGUCACUUCUGUUUGAUGUUCAACAUCCUUAUCGUGACAAAGAUCUUCUUCUAACAAAUCAAUUCGAUGAUAUUGAAGAUGUUGUUCAUGAUCAGAAAAGAAGUCCGAUUGUUAUUAGCGAGAGUCAAGCAACAGCAGUAUUAAUAACAAUGUUCGAUAUCGAUAAUGAUUUAUGGAACUCGCCAUUCUUUGGCCUAUUCCCACCAACAUCAGAUGUAUCAUCAAAUACACUUCUUGCAACAUGUCUAAGUCAUGAUAGUUCAGGUUCAAGUUCCAACGGUUCGUCGACUACUUUCUCAUUCACGGAUUCAGCAUAUGCAUCAUCAUCCUCACCACCGCCACCACUACAACAUCAACAAACGAAUAAUUCGACCAGUCAAUCAAUUUCUAUCAUGCGUAGCCUUCAAUCUCAACAGCAUUCAGCUCAGCAGCAACAGCAGAAAAUGCAGCAGAUGUUAGGUCAACCGUCGACGACACAUGCAUCACUAUUAACUGGCCUGACAACUUCAUCACCCAGUUCGAGUCUAUCGAGCGUUCAUUCAAUAACAAAUGUUGACAAUCCUUGUAGUUCAUCAUCACCAUUCUUUCAUAAACAAAUACAACAUCAAGACUAUCAUUACAAUCACUGGGAUUGUCCACAUUGUCAAGAACCUUACAAGCAAACUCGACCGAAAGUUCUUCAAUGUUUUCAUACAUUAUGCGAAACAUGUGUCGACAAAUUAUCUGAUAAUAACGAUGCAAGCAUCUGUUGUCCAUCGUGUGGCGUAACGACAAUGCUUAACGAGAUUUUACCUGAUUACACUGCCCAGAAUCAUCCUGAAAAUCUAUCUAAUGAUUAUAUGUUACCAUUCGGAGAAAAUGCUACCAAAAGCUGUACAGCAUGUAAGAAUGCUGAAUCAAUAGCAAUUGCCAAAUGCUUCCAAUGUUCGAGCUUCCUCUGUCAUCAGUGUGUUUGUGCACAUCAAAUAAUGAAUUGUUUCGAAGGUCAUCGCGUUGUUCAUAUUAAAGAACUCGACUCCAAUGGGAACGAUCUUCGCUUAGUCUUCUGUUCGACUCAUAAAAAUGACGCACUGAAAUAUUUUUGUACGACUUGCAAUAUACCAAUUUGUUCGACAUGUACAACAACAGAUCAUGGACCUGCUGGACAUGAAUUCACUCCAUUAAAUGAUGCAGGAUCACAUCAAGUAGCAAAACUGCAGAAUAUGGUAGAAAAUACUCGUCAGCGUUUAAAUGAUUUGAGACAUUCGCAAAAGACUGUCGAUCGAUCGUACAAUUCAUUACAAACACAAUACAAUAAAGCCCAACAUGAUAUCAAUGAAACUUACACGUUUUAUCGACAAUUAAUUGAUGAUCGAAAACAUGAACUGCUCAAAGAAUUAGACAGCACAUUUAAUGAAAAACAAAGUCUAUUGACAAAUCAAAUGCAGAAAAUUGAUGAAGCUGUUGAACGUGCUAAUCUGCCAUUGGAGUUCUCUGAUCGAUUGUUCAAAAAUUCGUCGACAACGGAAAUCUUAAUGUUUAAAAAACAACUCGAAAAUAAGUUCAAUACACUUGUUCAAACUAUGCCGGAUACAUACGGACAAAUACCGUCGUUUGAAUUAGAAUUCGUCUCGAAUUUUCAGGCUAUUCAAAAUGGUGUACGAAAUACCUUUGGUUACGUUCGAUCAUCACCCGAAACGGUUUCAUCACCGAAUAAUCAUUUCAAGCCACGUCCACAAAAAUUAACCAACGAUAAUUUCAGUAAAAUUAUCGGUCCACCCUCAACAAAUGGUUCAUCAACAACAAGCGCUUGUCAUAAUCAUAAUCAUCAUCAAAAUCAAACCAGCAUCAUGGCGCUUAGUCCAACCAAAUCGAUUCAACAACAAACACAUGCAAAUCAUCUGUUGAAUGGAAUCGAUAUGUUAUCAUGUAGUUUACCACCAUCAAGCAUGUCUAAAUUUCCGGCAUUAUCAUCAUCGACACCGUUGAGUUUUACAUUACCGUCGAAUGCAAUGGAUAUCAAUCCAUAUGAAUUAUGGUCGAAUGGAUCACAAUUACCAACUCCGUCGACAUCUCAGCAACAGCUUUCAAGUUCAUUAGCAUCAAGUAAUGGUGCUGGCGGUGCUGCUGGAGGAAAUCUCAAUGGACAUGAGUCAGUUGUUGAUCUUGUCGAUUCCCUCGAUAGUUACUCGUCGGUUCCUCAUCAUCUUCUUCUACCAUCACGUUCAAAUGGUUCAACAAUAAAACGACAUAAAAUGAUCUAUCACCAGAAAUUUGGUGAAUUCGGUGUGUUGGAAGGACAAUUCACUGAACCAUCAGGUGUAGCUGUUAACGCUCAAGGUGAUAUUAUCGUUGCUGAUACAAAUAAUCAUCGUAUACAAAUCUUCGAUUCAAAUGGACGUUUUCGUUUUCAAUUUGGUGAAUGUGGAAAACGUGAUGGACAGCUAUUAUAUCCAAAUCGUGUCGCUGUAUUUCGUCAAUCAGGUGAUAUUGUCGUUACCGAACGUAGUCCAACACAUCAAAUACAGAUUUAUAAUCAAUAUGGACAAUUCAUACGUAAAUUUGGUGCCAAUGUUCUCCAACAUCCACGUGGUGUCUGUGUUGAUAAUAUGGGUCACAUAAUUGUUGUUGAAUGUAAAGUAAUGCGUGUCUUUAUUUUUGAUAUCAAUGGUAAUGUAUUAAACAAAUUUACAUGUUCAAAAUAUCUGGAAUUUCCCAAUGGUGUUUGCUGUAACGAUAAACAGGAAAUCUUUAUCUCGGACAAUCGUGCUCAUUGUAUCAAAGUGUUUUCCUAUGAUGGACAAUUUCUCCGUACCAUUGGUUCCGAAGGUAUUACCAACUAUCCUAUUGGAGUCGUACAAAAUAGUCACGGUGAUGUACUCAUUGCUGACAAUCACAAUAAUUUCAAUUUAACAAUCUUUACUCAAGACGGACAGCUAAUAAACGCAUUAGAAUCGAAAGUCAAACAUGCUCAAUGUUUUGACGUAGCAUUAACUGAUGAUGGAAGUGUUGUUUUGGCAAGUAAAGACUAUCGGAUUUAUGUUUAUCGAUAUCUAAUGACACCAUCAUUGACAAAUAACGGAGUUACUGGAAAUAAUACCGAUCCAUCAUCGCCAAUAUCCUCCUCGUCAACAACACCUAAUAGUAGUCAAAUGCUGGCUGCUGAAUGCGCAUCUCCCUCGUUUCUCAAUGGUCAUGACGAAAAUGGCUUGGCGAUGUCAACACCAAUCACAAGUAAUGGAUAUUGA